CCAUUCUCUGUUCCCCGGAGGGUGGGCGCAGAGGCCUCCCGGGGGUCCUCUCCUGCGGGCUCGCGCCAGAGGUGGGGAGAGGCGCGCGAGGGACUGGCGCCCAGUGCUGGGCUUCCCCUGGGGAGGGUAGAGACGGGGCAGAUGCUCAAGUCAGAGAAAGUUUCUCCUGAGUUUGUGAUUCCUUUUAACUCUUAUUGUUACUGUUAUUUGCAGGGAAAAUGUAAUUCACAUUCUAAGUUCAGGUUAAACUCACCUACAUUCCAAAAAAUUUGAAUUUGUUCACCUGAAUUAUGCCAUAUCAGCUGUUACCUCUCUCUCACGCAGUACUUUAGACUGGCUCUUCGGGCUUUUCCGCCCUCCUUUCUCCAUUUAGCCAACAAUGCUGAACUUCAUGGGGGCUUCCCUGGUGGCUCAGGGUUAAAGAAUCCGCCUGCCAAUACAGGAGACCCAGUGACACGGGCUCCAUCCCUGAGUGGGGAAGAUCCUCUGGAGUAGCAAAUGGCAAUCCACUCCAGUAUUCUUGCCUGGAAAAUUCCAUGAACAGAGGAUCCUGGUGGACUACAGUCCAUGAAGUCGCAAAGAGUCAGACAGGACUGAGCACGUAUGCACUGAACUGCAGGGCUGCCCUGUGUACUAUGGAAUAAAGGUGAGAGCCGAGGUACCACACCUCAUCUGCUGGUAUCUGGAGUCAGACUUGUGACUCAAGAAGCAAAAUCUCUCAAAGCCCUCAAGAGGAAGUUUGAAGUAAAGCAGAAUCUUAAAAGAGAGAAGGAGAGGGAGGGAUGGGGCUCAUCAAAGGCAUAGGAACCACCGUAUGUGAAGCACAGACAUAGCACGGAGGCUUUGGAAAGGAUGUGAUGAAUAAGGGAGAUGACAGAGGAAGGGUCUAGUGGAAUAUAAUGUGUCUAAUAGACAUAUUGGGCUUCCCUGGUGGCUCAGAUGGUAAAGAAUCUGCCUGCAAUGCAGGAGACCUGAGUUUGAUCCCUGGGUUGGGCAGAUUCCCCUGGAGAAGGAAAUGGCUACCAACUCUAGUACUCCAGUAUUCUUGCCUGGAGAGCUCCAAGGACAGAGGCGCAAAUAUAGUGUGAGCUACAUAUUAAUUUAAGAUUUUUCAAUAGCUAGAAUUUUUAAAGUACACACAGGUGAAAAUAAUUUUAAUUUUAUGUUCUUUUGGUCACAAUAUCCUAAAUUAAUCAUUUCCACAUGUAAUCAAUGUUAAAAACUUAUUAAUGAGAUAUUUUACACUCUUUUUUGUCAUCGUAGGUCAUUGCAAUCCAGUGUUAUCUCACAUUUGCAUCAUCUUUCAGUUGUGUUUAGCCACAUUGCCACAUUUCAAGUGCUCCAAGAGCUGUACGUGGCUAAUGGCCCACACUGGACAGCACAGUUCUAAAUGUCGAAAAGUCUUGAAGAUCGAUAGGGAGAUAUGGAAGACAGAUAAGUAGGGCAAACAGGAGAGUGAUUUGUCAGAUGUGCAUUUUAGAAAUGUGGUGUUGGCAAUGAUGUGGAGGACACAUUUCCAUGCAAGGGUGAAUGGAGAUGGAGAGGUCAGAGAUAAAGUUUUUGCAGAUGUCUGGUAAGACUGUAAAUGGGUGAGUCUUUAUACAGAGCAAUUUGGCUGUACUAUCAGAAUUAUGACUGCAUAUUCAUUCUUAUUUUGCAGGUCCACUUCUAGGAAGUUGUCCUGUUGAUUGAUUAGCACCUGUGUGAAGUGACCUAUAAGGGGGCUGCCAUAUUUGGGAAACGCAAAACAGCAAACAUUGAAAGACCUCAGAGACCUGGAGGAUGGACUUUUCCAAGGGUGUUGGGGCAGCAGCUGACAGUGAGAAACCAGAGAUUGAUACUCUCAGAGGAAACUACAGUCAGCAAAUUUCCAUUAGUCAUGACAACUUCAAAAUUUUGAAAAAUAAUGAGAGUCUGCUGUGUGAAGUCCUCCAGAAUAAAUUUGGCUGUAACUUUACCUUGGUGUCUCUGGCCCCAGAAGGUAAUAACAAGUCUCUACGAGUCUUCAAAAAAAUGCUGACUCCCAAGGUAGAGUUAUCUAUCUGGAAGGACGACCUCACCAGACAUGCUGUUGAUGCUGUGGUGAAUGCAGCCAAUGAAGAACUCCUGCAUGGAGGGGGCUUGGCCCAGGCCCUUGUGAAAGCUGGCGGCUUUGAAAUCCAAGAGGAGAGCAGAGCACUGAUUUCCAAAUACGGCAGAAUUCCAACUGGUGAGAUAGUUAUCACAGGAGCAGGGAAGCUUCCCUGCCGAAAAAUUAUCCAUGCUGUUGGCCCUCGGUGGUCAAUGAUGGAUAGCCAGGAAUGUAUUGAUAAACUGAAAAGAGCCAUUGUAAAUAUUUUGUGUUUUGUCAGCGGUAAAAAUUCUAUGAACAUUGAGACAGUAGCAAUUCCAGCCCUGAGCUCUGGGAUUUUCCAGUUCCCUCUGAAUCUGUGUACAGAGAUCAUUGUGCAAACUAUCAAAAUUUAUUUCCAAAGCAUGCCAAUUGCCAAUAAUUUAAAAGAAAUUCACCUGGUAAGCAAUGAGGACCCUACUGUUGCUGCCUUUAAAAACGCUUCAGAAAUCAUCCUAGGGAGGAAUGAGCUUGAAUCCCUGGUAAGUCAAGGAGCCACCCAGCCUUUCAAUACUAUGGUUGUGAACAGCAUGACUCUUCAGAUUGUCCAAGGCCUCAUUGAAAGGCAGGAGACAGAUGUAAUUGUUAAUUCUGUAUACCCCUGUACUGGUCUUAGAGCUGGGUCUGUGUCAGAAUCAAUUCUAAAAGCAGCCGGAGAUGAAAUAGAGCGGGAAUUACACCAAAAAAUAACUAAGACACUACUAGAUUCCCAGUUGGUACUGGUCACAAGAGGAUUUAAAUUGUCUUGCAAAUACAUAUACCAUGUGUUAUGGACUUCAGAAUAUUCUGAACAAAAACUGUCAUUGAAAGCUGCGAUGAAGAAAUGCUUGGAAAAAUGCCUUGAACUAAAUAUGACUUCCAUUUCCUUUCCUGCCUUUGGGACUGGAACCACUGGUAUGAAGAAGAGUGAAGCAGCAGAGAUUAUGUUUAAUGAAGUUUUAAUAUUUGCCAGACAAAAUUUGCAACAAUUAGCUGUAAAGUUUGUGAUCUUCCCCAAAGAAUUGGAGACAUAUAAGGCUUUCAGUGCUGAAAUGGAAAAGAAUAAGUUCAAGCUGCAGGGUCCCAACAAUUACCCUGGUGUCCCCCAGGAGACCAGAGAGAAGAAAGAAAACAGAUUUCCUGUCAUCAGUCUGAUGGGAUCCUACUGGGAAAAGAUAGAUGAGGCCAAAGCCUGGAUCCAGAGGAUACUGAGCUCCAAGGAGUGCCACAUCAUUGAGGACAAGCACAUCCUCUACUUUGGAAAAAAGGAACACGAUGAUUUGUCUCUGCUUCAGAAAACCUUAUGCAUCUCUAUCUCAGAGAUUGUCACCCUGGGAAAGGCACAUUUAGAGAUUAGAGGAGCUCCGGCUGACCUCAUUGAGGCAGUUAUAAACAUUGAACAGAUGCUAUGUAAAGUUCAAGAGGAAAUGGCAAGAACAAAGGAGCAAGUCCUUUGGAGCUUGUCAGGGCAGCACACUGAUCAGCAACCAGAAAACCAGAAUCAAAUGAAGGAAAAUACAUUUCUGAAAUGGCUAACGCUUUCAGCUCCAGAAAUUCAGGAUAAAAAAAAACAGUUUGAAGACUGUGGUUUGCGAGUUAUAAAGGUAGAGAAGAUAGACAAUGUGCUUCUCAUGGCUGCCUUCCAAGAAAGGAAGAAAAUGAUGGAAGGGAGACCCUCUGGAAAACCUGUGAGCUACAGGUUGUUUCAGCAAGUCCCACAUCAGUUCUGCAAAAUGGUAUGCAGAGUCGGCUUUCACCGAGUGUACUCCAUGCCCUGCGACCAAAAAUAUGGAGCUGGAAUAUACUUCACCAAGAACCUCAAAAACAUAGCACACAGGAUCAAGAAAACAUCUGCCACAGAUAAGCUGAUCUGUGUGUUUGAAGCUGAAGUGCUCACAGGCUUCUUCUGCCAGGGUAGUCAGUUAAAUAUUGUUCCCCCACCAUUGUAUCCUGGAACCAUAGAUAGCUAUGACAGUGUGGUUGACAAUGUUUCCAGCCCUGAAACCUUUGUCAUUUUUAGUAACACACAGGCUGUGCCCCAGUAUUUGUGGACUUGCAUCCAGGAUCAUGUACAGGGUCACUCAAGACAAAUGAUGCUCUCUCCACAGCAGUCUUACGGGAUAUUCUCAAGUGGCAGCUCUGUUGAUUAACCUCUACAUUAUUUUAACAACAAACAAGACCUUGCUUUGGAGGAACUAAUCAAAUAAUAACCAUCGGUGACUCAAAGGAUGGUUUGAAUAUGUCAAAUGGGUUGUCUUUAUGGGCUGACUGGGUGAUUGAAGGCUCAGCUACAAACCAGCAUCUUAGUGCCUUCAUCUUUGUCUCUGUCUCUUGGGGUUGGGGUGGAUAGAUACGAUACCAACUAAAACACUUUCAGGACUAUUCCCUCUCCUUCAAGUUGUCUUUUCAUCUUCUUUACCGUAGGUAACAGCAAAUAUGCUUUAUAUGUAAUGAAGACAUUUUCCAGUAUAUAAUCCAAAUGCUUUUAUUUUGUAAAAUGAUAAUAGUGUAAUAUAUUAAGACAGCAAGAUGAUUUCAGAUUUUCCAGAAAAUCUUACAAAGUGCUUUGGAUAUCAAAAUAAACACCUUUAUUAAAGUAA